AUGAGUGAACAUUUCCCGUUACCAACAGACAUUCCGUUGAUAAUCACUUCCGCGACAUCGACCCCAGAGACACAACGGGAAACAAAGCGCAAAAAGCUGAGCAAGUCCUCUACGAAAAGUAGUAGAUCGGAUAGCAGAAAAACCAGCGACACCAAGUCUCCUCAAGAAGAUGAAAGGCGAAAGAGCAGAACGAUCGGAGGUAGUCUCAAAAUCGAUGUCGGGAGGAACAGAUCAGUCAGUAACUUGAUGAAUUUCCCCAUCAAAUGGUCUAGUGUCAGAGUGAAAGGUACCGGAUUUGAAGAGUCUACGAAGACAUCGGUAAAGUUGGAGAGGUGCAACGGAAUUCCGAACAUGAAUUUAGAAUACACUAAUUUGAAGAGUCCGACGUCGGGACAUAAGAAGAACAACAUUGGGAACGUAAGUGCAAAAGUGCUCAGCCUGGGCGCAGACGUACUUCCCGAAUACAAGUUGCAGACGCCGCGGAUCCACAACUACACCAUCCUGCACUACUCGCCGUUCAAAGCCGUCUGGGACUGGAUCAUCCUGAUCCUAGUCAUCUACACGGCCAUCUUUACACCGUACGUCGCCGCCUUCCUACUCUCCGAGCCCGAUUUCAACACCAGGAAAAACAAGAAGUACAGCGAAGAUCCCAUUGUCAUCAUUGAUCUUAUAGUGGACGUUACCUUCAUAGUAGACAUCCUAAUCAACUUUCGAACUACGUACGUAGCUGGCAACGAUGAAAUAGUCUCCGAUCCAGUUCGGAUAGCCUACCAUUACCUCAAGGGCUGGUUCCUGAUAGAUCUCGUGGCGGCCGUCCCUUUCGACCUUUUGUUUUUCGGCACCGACACUGACGAGACGACGACGUUGAUUGGCCUGUUGAAGACUGCGCGUCUGCUACGAUUGGUCCGAGUAGCGAGGAAGAUCGACAGGUAUUCCGAAUAUGGAGCAGCUGUUCUGUUGCUGUUGAUGGCCACGUUUGCGCUUAUCGCACACUGGAUGGCUUGUAUAUGGUACGCAAUCGGCAACGCUGAACGACCUCUCCUGCACGGGCCAAUCGGGUGGUUGGACACGUUGGCUCAAGACACCCACCAACCGUACGGCCCCAACAAUACCGGAGGGCCAAGCAUACGAAGCCGUUACGUCACUGCGCUCUAUUUCACUUUCACGUCUCUGACCAGCGUGGGGUUUGGCAACGUUGCACCGAACACGGACGCUGAGAAGAUCUUCACGAUAUGCGUCAUGCUGGCUGGAUCACUGAUGUAUGCCAGUAUAUUCGGUAACGUAUCGGCGAUCAUCCAGCGACUGUACUCCGGUACCGCCCGGUACCAUACGCAAAUGCUGCGUGUCCGGGAGUUCAUCCGCUUCCACCAGAUCCCGAAUCCGCUGCGGCAAAGGUUGGAAGAGUACUUCCAACACGCAUGGACCUACACGAACGGCAUCGAUAUGAACUCGGUGUUGAAGGGCUUCCCAGAGUGCCUGCAGGCCGAUAUUUGUCUGCAUCUGAACAGGAACUUGCUGCAGAACUGCAGCGUGUUCGACGGCGCCAGCCCAGGGUGUCUCAGGGCUCUAUCAUUAAAGUUCAAAACGACCCACGCUCCCCCUGGCGACACCCUGGUGCAUCGAGGCGACGUGCUCACGUCUUUAUAUUUCAUAUCAAGAGGGUCGAUUGAGAUUUUAAGGGACGAUAAUGUUAUGGCAAUUUUAGGUAAAUACGAUAUUUUUGGAGAGAAUCCAUGUUUACAUCCCACAUUGGGAAAAUCGUCGUGUAACGUUAGAGCGCUGACCUACUGUGAUCUACAUAAAAUUCAUAGGGAUGAUUUAUUAGACGUAUUAGAGAUGUAUCCAGAAUUUUACAACCACUUUUUGAACAAUUUAGAGAUUACGUUUAAUUUAAGAGACGAUGAGCAAACCGGUGUGAUACCAAGGCGGUCAUUUUUUCCCAAGGACAAAGACAGCAGAUACUUCAGGGGUGUGCCUUCAACUAGAUCUAAUGGAAUCUCAAGUAGAGGGAACUCUGUGAACGGACGGCAGGAGUCACAAUAUAGCGAUGAAUCUGAAUCCGGCCAUGGAAUUCUAGAAUUUAACACCGACAAAGCUGGGCAAGACGUGACGCCACUGAAUUUGGACUUUGGUGAAGAGAAACGGCGAUCUUCGACUCUUAAUUCCAUCACAGGCAUGCUAUCUCAGCUCAAACGAAGUAUCCCAGACCUAAGGUUACACAAAACCACACAACACCAGCCGUUAGUAGCUCAAUCGACGCCGCCUAGCAGCCACCGCCAGACCACGCCUGUCGCCAUAUCGGCCACAUCCAGUGGACGUGGCGUGAUCAGGCGUCAAUCGUCGUUCGGCGCCUACCACCAUCCCCCACCAGAGCCUCCGCCCCACCCUCAGUCGUCCGGAACGGUAUCUCAGGCGGUGGUGGCACAUCACGUCGCCUCAGCAGCUGUAUCAAGUAGCACCAGUUAUUAUACGAAUAGUCCUAGUCCGCCCCAUGUCGCUGAUAUCUAUGGGCAGCAUCGAGGAGCGGUUACCCAAGAUGACCUUUUGGUCCCGUUGGAUGCGACGACGGCCACCACAACAACCACAACUCCGACAACCACCGUCCAGCAACAGCAUGCAUCAUCCGUCACGCCCACAGGAGGGGGCGGUGACGAUUUCACGAUGGGCGGAGCCACGCACAGCACGCGCGCACACCUCGAGCAGAUCUCCAGCAGACUGGAUCAGCUCACGCGGAGAGUACAUUCGUUGGAAACCACCCUGGCGACUGACGUUAGAACCAUUUUGUUGUUGCUACAACAUCAGCAGGGGGAGGGAGGAGCAACAGGGUGUGGGAGUGGGGCGGGAGGGGGAGCAGGAGCGGUGGGAACGGAGAUGCCUGAAUAUGAAAACUUAGCACUAGAUCCAAGUAGUAGAAGUAGACAUAUAUUUCAAAGAUCAGUUAGUGAGCCAAAGCCAAUAUCUAAUAAGAAUCAUUCCCAAGUUUUACAUAGGUUCGCAUCGUUUAAUAAAGCCUUUGAUUUCGACAAGUAUCAGGAGCCUUCUUGGGCCGAAUGCCUGAUUAGCAAGGAAGGCAAAGAACACGGAGAGGAGAAAAGUGCGCCCAUUGCUAAGUUAGAAUCGCUAGACGAGUUAGAUUUGGAAUCUCCACUAGGCAGUCCUAAAAAAAGCAAAAAAUAGCAGCAAACACAAUAAAUUGAUGUAUCAAUUAUUUCUAUUGUGUAUAUUAGUUUGAAUCGAAGGUCAUAUAUGAGAGAUUAAACAAUGACGGCCUCUGAUGUCGAGGGGCAGCUUUUAUAGACUGUUGAACUAUAUUGUUAUAAAAUGGAUGAACAGUGAGAUGUAAAUUUUCAUUUUUCAUGUAAUCUUAAGAAUUUAAAUGAAUUUAUAGGCAAGAAACAAACUUUGUUUAUUAACCCAUUAUUAUGAAUUUCGAUGCAAGCCUUUCUGGAUUUGGGCGCAUAUUCUGAAGUAGUUCGCAGUAGUUUAGGGGUUGAUAGUUUUGGGAAUGCAUAUAAGAUUGUUAUACAGGGUGAUCAAAAAAACAGUGACACUAUUUUAAGGCUGAAUAUAUUCCCAAAAGUAAUACAAUAAAUCCCUAUUGAAUGCAUGGGCUCUAAUAUGUCCCCAAUUAAAAUGCAGGGUGUUUAAGACAUAUUGGGUAUAAGUAAUAUUUAUUGAAGUACGCGUUAAUCUUAAGCCGAACACUUGGAGUGCUCGGCUCACAAAUGCUCCACAUUUCUGUAGAAAUAUUAGACAUAGAAGUAGCUAGUGCUGCGUUCGCAUUGAUGGGCUAUUGCAACCUUAUAAAAAAUAAAAAAACCGGCCGGUGGUAGCAGGCAGAUUUAUAGUCUAGUCAUAUUAGCAAAUUUCCCCGAAAUAAUUGUAAGGUCUGGUUUUAUUGAUGCAAGUUGUUCAACGGGGGUAUUUAAAACAUGGACGCAUAAAAUGAGUGCAAUAAAUUUUGCUGGAAAACUUUUUAUUCGACAACAAAGAAUGAGAAAACGUAUUUUUUGGGAUUCAAUCGAAAGUGGUGUCAGGAACCAAAAAAAUCUUCUGAGAAGAUAUUCAGGUAUUUAUGAGACCUACAGAAUGAGACCACCCGUGAAAAGAUCCGACUAAUAGUAAAAAGUUGUGGCCAAAAACCGAGGCAAAAUGUAGGUUACGGCUCUUGUUGCUAAUUCGACGAUAAUUUCAC